UUACGUUCAAACCUAAACUCAAAAAAUUGUUUAGUUAUAUCCGGAUGGAAAGAGAACCUCUUAAAAAACAAUUUUUUUUCGUUCAAAUUUUACCAGCAGUACUUUGAUGUCGAUACUGAACAGGUUUAUGUUCGUAUUCUUAACAGUAUGAUUCCGAGGUUCAACUCAAAUUUUAUUAUUGAUUAUAUCCAGCCUUCGCCUGAUCUUUAUGGUCCUUUUUGGGUAUGUAUAACACUCGUUUUUAUGACUGCUAUUUGUGGUAAUCUGGCAAAGUAUAUCGAAACUUCUGGCGAUGUGUUGAAUGAAAGUUACAACAGUGAUUUUCGUCUAGUAACUGGAGCGUCAACGUUAAUUGCAUGUUACGUUAUCUUGAUACCGUUUGCUCUCUACUCAUUAUUUUGGUAUCGAAAAUCCGAAACGCAGUAUUCUUACCUUGAAAUAUUUUGUGCAUAUGGAUAUAGCCUUUCUGUUUUCGUUCCAGUUUCCAUUCUAUGGGUAAUAAAUGUGCAGUGGUUCCGUUGGUUGCUUAUUAUCAUCUCAGUUUUAGCUACCGGUACGGUGUUACUGAACAGUAUUUGGCCUGCAAUAAAGACGGAUCGCAGUCGUUUGGCAAGUCACAUUUUUGUUUUACUGCUCGUCAGAAGAUUUCCGUCUGCCUGUCAUAUGUUCUCACUGUUUAGAAUUCUACCUUUAAAAAUGUGUUUGUUAAGUAGUUCUUUAGUUAACUUGUAG